UUCAAUAACCUGAUUCAUUUAACAAUUGAGACUGACCAAGACGUGGAAUGGGAAGCAUUGCCGAAUCUACUCAAGAAUUGUCCAAAUCUAGAAACACUCGUCUUCGAAGGACUCCAUUACGGAGAUACAAAUCAAUGUAUGGACGAGGAUUACCGUUUCAAAGAUACAAACAAAUGUUGGGAGAAAGAUGCGGACAGGUGUGUGUGCAAGCCUUGGUAUGGCACUCCUAGUUGGCUAUCAUCAAGUCCGGUGAAGAUGCUAAAGGUAUUGAAGUUUGGAGAAAUCACUAAUUACAAAGAUGACAUGGAUAAGCAGAUGGAUCUGAUCAAGUACUUCGUGGAAACGAUGCCGAAUCUUGAACAAGUGAUAUUAUACUACGAUACUCCAAUUGAUUUCGAUCUGAGAAUCGUAUCAACUCAAUUUCAGAUGCUUGAAAAAGUUGCCUCAACCAAAUGCAAGAUCCAAGUAAUCUCUGAUAACAUCAGCUUCUCAACUAAUGUGCACUCUUCCUCAUCGACAAGAAGUGGACUCGUCUUCUUCAAAAACACCUUCCCGGUUUGAAGACCAUCCUGCAUCAUCUCAGAGUCGAUUAACAAAACCUUGGUUGUUAGUUUUAGUCUGGUCUCUUCCUCUUUUAGUUUCUCAAUAUGUAUUAUCUCGGUAUGCGCAAGUUUUUGUAGACUUUGCUGCGAGGUCUAAAGCGUCAAGCAAGCUUCUCUGGUUUUCGGUGUUUAAAAUGACUUUUUUUAUACAGUAUGCUCUUGUCUUUGUCCAUUAACCGGUCUCGCAACU